AAUCAAAAGUGGAUGCAAGCACACACAUUCUGAUUCUCUUGUCGCCACCAACAAACGAACAUUUAUUUUAUUACAAUUUGGUCCCUAUGUUUAUAAACCUUAGUUCUAAAUAUGAUAAUUCCCCCCUCACUUCAGCGUCAGUGCCACCACCCAGCUCUGCCACUCGCCCCCUAUGUACUCCAAAACUCUUCUGCUUUCUUCCUAUGUAACUGUCAUCUCCAUUCAAACCCUUACUUUCUCUCACUAGAAUCUUCCAAAAUUUCCUCUUUUUAUCCCAGUAACAAUGCCUUUAACCUCCUCCAAACUCUCCACCUCCCUCUUCACAUUCCCUUCAAAAGUGCCGUCGCCUCUUAUCAGCUUUCUGCUCUUUCUCAUCCUCUGCAUUCUGGGUUUUUAUUCCGUGCAUCACCCCCAGCGUUCUUUUUCUACAUCCCUUUCUGAAAAUCCGGAAAAGUUUCUCUCUUUGGCCUCAAACUUCACCCUUUCAGAUUACCUCCGUUCCCUCACUUCACACUCUCACCUUGCCGGCACAAAGCCCUCUUUGGCUACAACACAAUAUGUUUUUUCACACUUUGAAAAGCUUGGCCUUGAAGCUCAUACUGUGAAGUAUAAGACCCUCUUGUCUUAUCCUCAACAUGGUUCUCUCCUGGCGCAUUUUAGCAACGGGGUUGUUGUUAACUUCUCGUUAACGGAAAAGGGUAUCGCUCAAAACGCUUUCUAUGACAUUGUGCAGCCGUAUCACGCAUAUUCGCCGUCUGGGUCGGCGUACGGUAAGGUGGUGUUUGUGAAUUACGGGAGGGAGGAGGACUACCGUGCGCUGGAGGUGAUGGGGGUGAAUGUUAGUGGGUGCGUAGUGAUGGCAAGGAAAGGCGAGACCUUGUCGAGGGUUGGUGUAAUAAAAAAAGCAGAGGCUAGAGGAGCGCUGGGAGUGCUGUUGUUCGCCGAGAGGGAUAGGUUAAGGAGUGGUGGUGUUGAUGGGGUGGAGAGAGGGACAGUGAUGAGAGGAGUGGGGGACCCACUAAGUCCAGGUUGGGCGGGGGUUGAAGGUGGGGAGAGCUUAGACUUGAAAGACAAUGAGGUUUUGAAGAGGUUUCCUAAAAUUCCAUCUUUGCCCUUGUCUUUUGAGAGUGCACAAACCAUUUUGAGGUCUCUUGCUGGUAGGUUUAUGCCUCAGUCUUGGGGUGGUCUGGUUCGAGUAAAUGGUGGGAGGAUCGGCCCGGGACCUACUUUGGUGAAUUUGACUUACCAGGGGGAAGAAAAGGUCGCAACAAUUCAUAAUAUUUUUGCUGUUAUAAGAGGGCUAGAAGAGCCUGAUCGCUAUGUGCUCCUUGGAAACCAUAGAGAUGCAUGGACAUAUGGGGCUGUUGACCCAAACAGCGGGACAGCAGCCCUACUUGACAUUGCCCGACGAUAUGCUAUGUUGAUGCACAAGGGGUGGAGCCCUCGAAGAACAAUUAUUCUCUGCAGCUGGGAUGCUGAAGAAUUUGGGAUGGUUGGAUCCACUGAGUGGGUUGAACAGAACCUGGUCAAUUUGGGUGCAAAAGCGGUGGCCUAUCUUAAUGUAGAUUGUGCAGUUCAAGGGCCUGGUUUCUUUGCUGGGGCAACUCCUCAGUUAGAUAAUCUUCUAAUUGAGGUGACAAAAAGUGUCAAAGAUCCUGAUUCAGAUGAUAAAACUGUGUACGAUCAAUGGGCAACUGCAAACAGUGUUGUCAAUAUCCAAAGACUGAGUGGAGUGGAUUCAGAUUUUGUUCCUUUCGUGCAGCAUGCCGGGAUUCCUUCUGUUGAUGUAUACUAUGGAAGAGAUUUUCCGGUCUAUCAUACUGCUUUUGACUCCUACACUUGGAUGGUCAACCAUGCAGACCCACUUUUUCAGCGGCAUGUGGCUGUUGCUGGAGUAUUGGGACUUCUAGCCCUUCGCCUGGCUGAUGACUCGAUUUUGCCUUUCAAUUACACCUCUUAUGCCAGUCAAUUACAGGUGCAUAAAGAUAUCUUGAGUAACUUGUUGGAUGGGAUGGCAUCUUUAGAUCCUUUAACCAAGGCAAUUCAAGAACUUGCUGCUGCUGCUAAAGAAGCUGAAGUAGAAGCAAAGAAAUUGAUAGAGCAGGAAGCCAUAGAUCAUCUUGCUGUUUUGAAUAUUCGAUCUCUGAAUGAUCGGCUGAUGCUUGCUGAAAGAGGCUUCCUAGAUGCGGAUGGGCUUCAAGGAAGGAAAUGGUUCAAACAUCUUAUUUACGGAUCUCCAAGCAACUAUGAAAGUAAACUGGGUUUCUUUCCUGGAAUAGCAGACGCAAUAUCUCAAUCGAGAAGAAUGAGUGAGAGGGAUGGGCGGGCAUUGAUUCAGCAUGAGGUGUGGAGGGUUGCCAGGGCCAUUCAAAGGGCUGCCAGUGCUCUCAGAGGGGAGCUCACAUGAAGCUUGACAGAAUAACUUGAGGGACUUUUGUUGUACAUAAAGAGCAUGCCAAUUUUCUCCUCUUCCCUGUGUUAUGUAAUGCAUAAAACUUGUAAAUUACAAUCAAAUAUGCAAAAGUCACUUGCGUAGUGCUCACUAUCGUUUUCCAUAUUUUUAAAUUGUAUCUUUUAUCUCAUACUAGCUAAUAUUUUUCCAUUACAAUAAAAUUAUAUAUACUCAUUUUGAAUA